AGCUCUCCAUCAGCCUCCUUGCAGUGAUAGUUAUUGUAUGUGGACUGGCCCUGGUGGCAGUUUUUCUCUUUCUGUUUUGGAAGCUGUUCUGGGUGCCCUGGAGGAACAAGGCCAUUUCGACUAACACCCCCGCCUCCCAGAACGCAGCGGAACACGACAAAGAGAACAUGGCUGACAAGCUAAAGGACACAGGGACUCUGGGCUUCUUGGAGGCAGCUGUGAAAAUUAGUCACACGUCACCGGAUAUUCCCGCAGAAGUCCAGAUGUCCAUGAAGGAUCACCUUAUGAGACGCACACGGAUGCAGAGACAGACAACAGAGCCUGCAUCGUCCACCAGGUGAGUGCAGAGCAUCCCUUGAAUUGCCAUCUGUUGGAUCAGACAAUAUGGGUCAUUUUACAGAGGUGCUGAAGAUGGGAAAACUCUCCAUGAGGAGAAGGGAGUGCUGAUGAAGGUCACCGCCAUGCCAUGUCCUGUUUUCUCCUGCUAUUACUUGUCCAUUCAAAUCAGUUCCCACAGCCUCAAACCAGAGGCGUAUCCCCUGCAAUGAAGUGAAAAGCUUCCUCAUUGCUCACUGUGUAUGCUCAAAAGAAAGCUUAUGUUUUGGGUUUAUUUGUUCUCUCCCUCCCCCAUCCUUUUUUGUUUCCAUCAAGGAGUGUAUAUUGAUCAAGGUGUUCUAGAGUAAUUAGAUUUGUUUGAGUAAUUGUCAUGUCAUGGCUUAGAGGACACAAUGGCGUGCAGACUGGAGACAAACUUUAUUGUCUCUGUUAAACAAGAACAAAAGAGCAACAAAAAUCUGGAGCACCACCCAGAUACAACCCAGAGGCAGAAUACCUCUGAAUACCACUUGCAGAGAGUUAUGAACGAUAGAGUGCUAUUGCACUCAUAUCUUUCUUCCCAUAAGUAACAUCUCUGCCUAUCCCUGAAUUUCUUCCUUUUUGUUGCCAUUCACAAAAUUGGUGCGCUUGAGGAGAAGCAGAAAUAUUUUGGGAGGUGGGGCAACAUUGCUUCAGGCCCUUGGACUGUGGACUAGAUUUGAAGAUGGAUUCGAAAUGCAGUCAGAAUCCUCCUCAUGACCAGGAACCUUAUUACAUAGGGUUAAACUUGAUUACAUGAAGAUUUGUGGAGCUGGGCUUGCAUGUGCACCCUGACCCCUCCUCUCUUCAAGCCCACCCACAUCUGAAGAUGGCUCUCGUUUAUGUUUGAUGCAAUGGGCCGCCACUCCUCAAGAUGUUGGCAGCAAUUCUCUUCUUUCUAAAUAUGUUCUUGACACUUGUACAUCAUUGAGCAAUUGCACUAAAGGGAUAUUACGCUAAACCUUUGGCUGGCAUACACCUCCUGGAGCUGCAGGAUACUCCCCCGACUACAUGCUGGUCUCUGCCGAAGGUUGAGUUGAAAGUGAACCAGCUGACAUAUUUCCCCAGUCUCCCUGUGGGCCCUUGAUCUUAGCCAAAAGAUUCAAACCCUGUUACGGUGACUUGACCUCAUUGUGUCAAGCUGUCAAUAUGCUUGUGGCCACUUUAAUUUUGUUAGGACUCAGGGAGGCAGGGAGACAUAUCAGUGACAUGGCGCACUGUCAGAUAGAAUUACAGCCUUUUCCUCUCUUUCUUGCUUAUGUGGCUCAAAGCAGGAAUAAUUAGAUAAACGGAAUUGACAUAUCACUCACUGCACUGGCUUCGAGGGAGCUGCAUCUCAGUGUUCAAGAUCAGCCGCUGCCUCAGGGCCAUUGUAGCCUCAGAUGGAAGGCUGACCGUGCAUGAGGAUCCAUGACAAAGGAAGGCAGGGUCUGCAAGGAUCUGAAGGUGGAAGACAGCCUGGUAACCCAUGGGCCACUGACCUGAAUCUCUUCUAAUACAGGCAGUCUUUUCAGCUAAGAUGUGGGUGACUUUAUCCAUGUUUUACCAUGCAUCAUGGUUGAUCAGAACAAGGUCUACCAUGCCGUAGAGGGCAGGAGUUGCUCAGUUUUGCUCAGUUCCUUUGCUUUCAGGCACAGGAACAUAAGAGCCUUCUAGAUUCAGAGCAAGAGUCUGUCUAGUCCUAUAGUAGCGUGAUGGUGCAUUUUAUUUACUUAUUUAUAACAUUUAUACACCCCUGGUUUGCAAAAACCUUCAGAGUGGGUUACAAAAGAUAAAGCAGUAAAAUCAAGAAAAUUCACAACUAUACAAAAAUGCAGGAACUCAUUGUGACAGGCCCAAUUGCUAAAGGAGUAAAAAAUGCAAGUAGCUCUUUGGAUCCACUGAAACACACACACACACACACACACACACACACACACAUGGAGCAGCAGCACAUAGCAUAUUGUCCAGUUUAUUAGGACCAGCAUGUUACAAAUACUUAACAUAUGUUCCAAAUGCCUGAAUAUCUCACUGUGGGGACCCUGCUACCCACCAUCCCAAAAUGCACCGUCCCAAAGUUAUAUCUUUGGCAUAAUAGGAUAUGGAUAUACGUAUCUGGGAGUAAGCUCCAUUGAACUUAGUGGUGCUUAUGACUGUAUAGAUUUUUAAACACACUGAGCUUUCACAAGAUUUUCAGUCAGCUGAAAUGCAACAUUUAAGCUUUUAAUUAGUUCAAGCAAUCUUGCGAAGAAGUGUUACCAUUUAAACUGCUGACAUGAAGUAGGAAUGCCUUCCAAAAAAAGGGAAAGAAGUACCCAUCCUCUGCUUAUUUUUCUCAUUCUUUGACUGGGAAAGUUCAGCAUGAGACUCUUAAUCUCAGGAUCAUGAGUUCAAGACCCACGUUGAGCAAAAGAUCCUUGCAUUGCAGGGGGUUGGACUAGAUGACCCUUGUGGUCCCCUCCAACUCUACAGUUCUAUGAUUCUGCUUCUAAUGUGUCACAAACAAAUUUAGUUUCUCCUGAUCAUACCAUCUCAGUUGAUCCCAUUCCUCCUGCUCUAUAAAAGGUCCCAGAACUGUGCUCCCCUGCCUUCUCCUUCCACAAGACCACUGCUAGUCCAGCAUUUAGCUUCUGGGAAGCCUAUAAGGAAGUGUGAAGGCAACAGUCCUUUUCUUCUGCCAGCCUUCUAACAAAUGGGCUUUGGCGAUACAUUGCCUCUGAAUACGAAAGUUCUAUUUUGCCAUCAUGAUAGAACUACCUGAUCUCUUGGUUGAAAAUGGCAUAGUUAAUUAUGUAUUGUAUGAAACAAAUGUUUCAUUUGUCUGUUCUGAAACUACGGCCAACCGAUGUUACUGGAUAAUGCCCAGUUUAUAACAUUAUGAGAGAAAGAGAAAAAUCAGUCCAUUUACUCUUUCCUGACCAUUUGUAAUUUUUAAAUGUCUCUCUUGUUCCCCUCCCCUUAGAAAUAUUUAUUCUGAAGAAGAAAGCCACAAACACUUCUGCCAAAUCCAAAAUCCACAUUAGGUAAUAUCAGUAUUAGUCCAAUUAAAAUGUUACAGAUACCUGAAUUACUACAGCAAGGCCCCAGAGGAUAUAGAUGCAUCUCUCAGGAGAUGGGUCUUUCCAAGUAACUGUGUUCUAAUUGCCUUGGUAUGAUGCCCUCCUGCCAGAAGACCUUUCCUUGCUGUCAUAAGAACUGGAGAUCUCUACAGUGUCUUCUGCUUUUCUCAGCCUCUCCAGGUCAAUCACCUUAGUCUCAAGAGAACAUGUUUGCUUCCUGGGUGCUCAUUUCACUUAAACUAAUUGUGUGCCUUAGCUGUGUUAAUGAGUGUUUUAAUGAAGUGUUUCCCCGCUGAAUAUGAACCAUUAACUACACAAUGACAAAUGGGUAGCCAUUUUCACUCACUGCAAUGGAGUUCUGAUAGUAAGAAUAUAUGCAAUGUAAAUUGAGUACCUUGCAUGUCCUCUAGCCUGCUGAGUACAGUGGUAUUAUAGUGGCUAGAGUGUGUGAGGACUGACUUUUGGGGAACUCCAGCUCUAAUCCUUGCUCAGCUUUAAAGCUCUCCAGAUGUCCUUGGUCAAGCUGCUGCCUCUCAGCUGAGUCAUGAGAAGGCUAUCUUACCCCUGGACUCUACAACCAUCUCCUUAUUCUCUUCUUCCUUCUGUGUUGAGUGUUAGAUCGUAAGCUCCUUGAGGCAGGGAGCUUUCCUCUUGCACUAUGGUGAGAUAGCGGUAGGGCUGCAAUGAUCCUGAUGAUGCUCUGAUCUCCUUGGGCCAAGAGAGAGAUAAAUGCAACAACAAACGAAUUGCAACCUGCUACAAAAGUAUCUGGUACAACUUGCCAAAGAAAGCAGGGUGGCUUUAAUGAAGAUGGGCAUUACUCCCAGCCCAAGUAGCAAUGAGAAAGAUAUGGUCCGGUGGUCAUACAAAGACCCCAAAAUACCUUUAUGAGAAGUAUAAGGAUGCCACUGAGCUCAGGCUGGCCCAUGGCCUGUUCUCAGUUUCUGCUCAUGCAUAGCCAUGAAGGCUGCAAAUCAUGUCUAAAACUGUCCUGUCAUAAAAGUUGUGAGAGAGACUGAGCAAUCGAGUUGAUGUUUUGUGCCAUUGGCAGAUGUAUGCCUGCCACUCUUUGUUUCAAACCUCCGUAGUCAUUCAUAUCCAUUAAGAUCACUCACAGAAGACAUUAUGAAGGAGGGAAAGAAGAUAAGCGUAAUUUGGGCAAACUCAAUUAGAAAAGUUCAGCUGGAACGUAUGAAUUAUAGAAAAGAAGUCCUGCUGUUACGAGAACUAUGCAGAGGUGUGAUCAAAAUACAUCCUCCCUCAAUCAGGUAGCUAUAUCUUGGGAAAGCAAAAUAAGUAUGUGGUUGGCUUUGUGUCAUUGCCUUUUCUUUUCUUUCUUCUCUGAUACGGGGAAUAUUAAAGCACUCCCCUUCCCGCAGCUGAGAAGGGUUCUUGGUCUAGGGAUGGGAGAGAAUUUUUGCUCCAUUGACAUAUAAAGGCGUACCUAUCUAAUUUGGACUUUUCAAAACAACGUGUGAACUAAAAGCACAGCCACCCUUCAAAGUUGGCACUUCUCUAAAUUUUGCAAUGCAGUUCUCCAGCCAAGGAAUGUGUACAAAAAAAAUGGAUGUGUCUUGGUAAACUGUGCAUAAAAAUGCAUAUAUUAGUGGAAGCAACAUACAAAACUGCAUUAUAUUUAGGGGAAUAGCUUUGCAAAAAUGUGUUCAGUUGUUGUUGCUGAAAAUUGAAGUGGAAAUAUGAAGAACUACACUUGAAAUUGGAAAAAUGAGGGAAACUGAAAUUGAGUUGAGUCUUAGACAGUGUGUGCCAACCUCUCUUCUUGUCUUUCUAUUUUCCUUUCCUUUCCCUUUUCUACUUAUUUCAAUGUAAACGUAUCAGCAACAGGAAAAAACAACCCAGUAGAUAGGAAGCUUUCAGCAAUAGCAGGGAUUCUUUGGUAACCGUUUCUAAGGGCUCAUAGCACACAAAAAUGUAGCUUACAACAGGCCCCCAAACUCCUAUUGACCCAUAGUCCUUAAACACAGUAUUUCCCCAAGGCAGUAAUGCUUUAUGGUUUUGGAAUAUGUGGCAAUCCCAGCUGGCAGCAUAUAACUCUGGCUCACUGGUCAGCAGUUCCUUUCUCCUCUCCUGUAAGUCAUAAACAGCAAGCCGUGGGGCAUAUUAAACAGACCUCAGAACUCUCAGGGGUGCUGCUAUUCCUUUCUGGCUAGUAUAACCAGCCCCUUGUAGCUGUGUUUCCUAUUCCCACAAACUAUAAUUACAUUCUUUUAUGUUGUCUCCAAGGCCAAAGAUACCACUUGUUCCAAAUAUUUUGCUUCUGAAUGGCAACUUGCUCCUUGCGUUCUGUUUGGUAUGGAUCUUAAUUCCUAGAACUGGAAGACCAUAACGUUGUUCUUUUCAAAGUCUCCCACAGAUCAGCAUGAGAUGCACUUCUUUAUUUUCCAUUGCAUGAUAGCUAUCGAGAAACCAGUUUCCCUUGCGCUUACACAGUUCGUUUAUGACAAAGCCUCCAGAAGUUCUACAAGGGGGUCGGCACUAUAGUCGUAGAGGAAUCGUAAAACUGUUGAGUUGGAAGAGACCACAAGGGUCAUCUACUCCAACCCCCUGCAAUGCUGGAAUAUUUAGCCCAAUGUGGGGACUCUGAAGUUAGGAGUCUCGUGUUUCACCCGCUUAGUCAGGGGUGCCUACUGCCUGUAACAUCACUGUUGUGAAAACUUCCUACUCCCUUUCUUCUUUAAAAAAUACUCUGUGAGAGUUGUGAGACCCUUUUCCCCCUCAGAGAGCUAAAAUUCCCAAUCACACCCUCUUCCCAGGGAACUCUGGGAAUUAUAGCUUUACAAGGGGAAUGGGUGUCUCCUAAUAACUUUUGGCACCCUUAACAAACUACAGGUCCCAAGAUUCUUUGCAUGAAGUCAUGGCCAUGACUGUUUAAAGUGGUAUGAUAGAACUUUGUUGUGUAGUUGGGCCCAGGAGAGUACCGUAUUUCCCACAUUCUCCCUGCCCUUCCCCAUUUUGCAACCUAUCUCUUAAGUGGGGCCAGAUACCCAGGACAAUCUUCUCCCAGCAUACAACACACUAGCCUUUUCUUAUCUCUUGCAGGCACAUUUCCUUCAAGAGGCACCUGCCCAGGCAGAUGCAUGUUUCCAGUGUGGACUAUGGUACAGAACUACCACUUGCGGCAGAGCAGCCAACUUGCAUUGGCCGGAUCAAGCCAGAGCUGUACAAGCAGAAAUCCGUGGACUCUGAGGACCCUAAAAAAGAGGCAGAAAAAAACUGUGGGAAAAUAAAUUUCGCUUUGAAAUAUGACUAUGAGAACGAGACCCUGAUUGUGCGGAUUCUCAAGGCCUUUGACUUGCCUGCCAAGGACCUCUGUGGCAGUUCCGACCCCUACGUCAAGAUCUACCUCUUGCCUGACAGGAAGUGCAAGUUCCAAACCCGUGUGCACAGGAAAACGCUCAACCCCACCUUUGACGAGUCCUUUCAGUUUCCUGUGCCCUAUGAGGAGCUGACCAACAGGAAGCUUCAUCUUAGCGUCUUUGACUUUGACCGGUUUUCUCGGCAUGAUAUGAUUGGUGAGGUGAUCUUGGAGAACCUCUUUGAGGCUUCGGAUCUUUCUCGGGAGACCUCCAUCUGGAAGGAUAUUCAGUAUGCCACAACGGUGAGUAGGUGGCUUUUGCCAUUAGUGUGGAGAGACAAUAGCACACCAAUGCUUGGAUGAGUUUGCCGUAGCUCCGUAG